CCUCUAUCGUGCGAUAUAUGCCAGGUCCAUCCAAAACAUCACUGGAAAUUGUAUGCUGAAUCCGGUGAAAAGUAUCUACUUGCAACCUUUGACCCCCAAGAGCUCCAUUGUAAUGUCAUUGAGACAUCUACAUCUUCCCCUGGCUGCAGCGUCUCUAGUCGGGACAGCCUUAGUCAGCUUCCUGAUCUAUAAGUUGCUCAAACCACAACAGAGAAGAUCAAGAAUGGAUUAUUCCAAAAAAGCAGUUGUCGUGGAAACCAUUGAUGUCUUAGAAACAGCUAUGACGAGAAUUAUUGAAGACACAUCAAGUUUUAAGGUGAUUGGUUUAGAUUGUGAAUGGUGCAGUGAGAGAUCUGGUAAACGUCGCCCCAUUGCCCUGUUACAACUUGCAACAAUCAGUGGGUAUUCUGUUCUGAUACGUCUCUGUAAAUUAGACAACAGGAGUCUUCCACAAAGCUUAAGAGAUCUACUUGCAAAUAGAAGUAUUUUGAAAGUGGGCGUCGCCGUUCUUGACGAUGCAAACCAUCUUCUUACAGAUCAUCACCUUCCAACAAGAGGCUGUCUCGACCUCCGAUAUGUUGCCUCUCGGCACAUGCCACGUGACCUUAGGUCAAAGUUCACCGGUAGUCUCAAGAACCUCGCGGAUAUUUUUCUUAACAAGACAUUGGAUAAAUCGGAGGAUGUUCGCUGCGGCGACUGGGAAGCCGAUGUGAUGUCUACUCAUCAAAUUCGAUACGGAGCGCAAGACGUCUUGGUAGCUGUAGACAUCUUCCUUUCGAUUCUGCAAGGAAAGUUUGGCGCUCUCCCCGACCGAGCCGAUGACAAUCUCUGGAGUCAAGUCGCCUCAAUGUGCCAGGGACUUCUUGAUGUCAAAUAUAAAACCAAAGCAACGGAACGGAAAACCAACACUAAUGUAUUGACUGAACCGAUCAAGACGACAACUAAAACAAGCAAUGCUUAUAAACCCCGCCAAACUCAGAUGUAUCACAACUGUCGAUUAAUCGCCCCUAGUGGUGAACUUCUAUGUACGUGUCACAAACAGAAAGCUGAAUGGUAUAUUAAGAAGGGUAUUGGAGAGUUGGAAUGUGAAGAACCAUUUACAGUUAGACUAAAGUUUGAGCCGUCAGGAAUGCCUGGGUUAGAUCGUGCUUACUAUCUACAGGAUAAAGCUAAUAUGUGCGUCGUGUGUGGAAGUGAAGACUCCUACAUCAGGAAGAAUAUCGUCCCUCAUGAAUAUCGAAGACACUUUCCUGAGGUGAACAAGAAACACACGUCCCAUGAUGUUGUGUUACUCUGCCUGGCUUGUCAUCAACUAAGCUCAAGCUAUGAUCGGAUCAUACGUAACCAACUCACUGUGGAGUACAACGCACCGAUCACAAACUCAACUAACGCUCGUUAUCGUGAGGAUCCACGGAGACUGAAAGCUCGCUCUGCUGCAAAGGCACUCAAGCGUAACACCAAGGUUGGAAAACUCCCCGAGCAACGGGUCGACGAAUUAAAGAGAAUAUUGUCCGAGUUUUGGAAUGUUGAAGAAGUGAGUGUUGAUAUAAUUGAUGAAACGCUCACCCUUGAUGUGAAAUGUGAGAAUGAGGAGUUUCAAGGCUCACAUGGGGAGAAGGUUGUGAACUUGGUGAUGAAAGACCAAAACGGAAUCGAGAAAUUUGAGAAAAGAUGGCGUCAGCAGUUCCUUGAGACGAUGAAGCCGAAGUUCAUGCCGGCGUUAUGGUCGGUACACCAUAGACACACCAGUGUGGAUUCUAAUGAAGAUAAUCAGGGGUCCAUACCACCACGAUAGCAGGCCACAGGGGCCUUGGCCUUUGUUGCCCCCUGGUCUUGGCCGUGGUGCCCCUUUAUAAGAAGUUUCCCAUAUGAUUUACCAAUGGAAGUGCCCUUUGAAAAAUGAAAAUGGCCUUGCCGUCCUACAGAUGAAAUUCCAGGACUGCGGUAGUUUGUCAGUAAAUAUUUUCUGCAACUCGGGACAGGCACAUAAUUAUGGACUAACUGAAGCCAUUCAAUGUUUAUCGUCCAAUGCUUCAUCUGCAUUUUAUUUUAGGUAUUUAUUUUAUCUGCCUGAAUAUUUUCUGAACUUUUUUGCAUGUUGUUGGAACAGACUCAUGGUGUAUGAACAGGUCUCUCCAACAGCGGUUCUAAGAAAAAACAAAUUUUGUGGAUAUUUUUCAACUAUAUAAUUUUUGUUGACCGUGAGAACGUGUCAAAUUUUUACCUGAACUGACUUUUAAAGAUGCUAUGUCAGAUUUUUGGCCGAUUUGACCCCAAAGUUUUGAUUAAAAUUCA